GGCCCGAUUCUCGACCGUCGGACAAAGAAUACGGCAACUACGAGGUCGCCUAACAGUCAAGUGCAAGGAAGCUAAACUCGUCUCGCCAGCUCGAGGGCGCUUCCUCCGAGAGCGCUUAAAGGGGAUUCUAGCGUGGCACCUCGGUGCCAAGGGCCAACUUGGCUCGGCGUCUUGCAACCGCCCACUUGGCAUGAGGGCGGCGACGACGGCAGCCUGGUUUUCCUACACUGGCUGGGCUUGGCAGGUUUGCAGACAGAGGAAGGUCAGUUCCAGCAGGAGGAACGGGAGAAGGCUGGGCCGAUCCAUCCGCUCUGCAGUAUCUCCCCCACCACCGCCCGAGUUUUGGCCUUCUUCUGGAGCCCCCCCCCCCAACAGACCAUCGUGCUAAGCCGCGGAAGAAGCACGAGCGCCGUAUUAGACAACCGCGCCGUGGCCGCUGCCGCUGCUGUUGAGCUUGCGCAAAUCCUUCUCGCGCAUGCUCCCUACGCGCGGGCUUGCAAAUUCUGAAGGAUAACAGAUUCUAAAACAUCCGACCGGCAGACUUACGCGGCCCGCCCGGUGGCGGCGGCGGCGCUUGCCCAGCUCUGGACUGAGCGCCCCGAUCAUGUCGCCGAAGCUAAGGACGCCGAGUCACUGAAGAGCCAUGGGCGAACGGUCCAUUCCGGCUGGCCGGCGGACCCAGCUCAUCUCCUUGCUGGUGCUGGAGCAGCGCGCCCAGGAGGUCACCUUAGACCGGGAGCUGGGGCUCUUGGCGUGGCGGAGCUUGGAGCCGCAGCCGCGCAGGGGCCGAGAAAGCUAUGCUGUGCCCAUUUCUGAGAUCAUUGCUGUUGAGGAGAAAGAAGGAGAGGGGAAACAAUCUCAUGCUGGAAGAUGGCAAAAAAUGGCAAAGCCUCACGCAUUCACCGUGUAUCACAUAAGGAGGGCACAGCAUCACCGCUGGCGGUGCAGCGAAGUGACUUUCUGGUGCAUUGAUGAACAUCUGUGUAAUCAAUGGAUAUGUAGACUGAAAGAACUACUUGAUUUACAGACCUCCAGACCAAAGCGCUUGCUUGUAUAUAUUAAUCCACACAGUGGAAAAUCACAAGGAGAAAGAAUAUAUGAACAAAAAGUGGCUCCGUUGUUUAGUCUGGCUUCUAUCGCGACUGAUGUUAUAGUCACCGAACAUGCCAAUCAUGCUAAGGAUAAUUUACUUGAAAUUCAUCUAGAAAAAUACGAUGGUGUUGUUUGUGUUGGUGGGGACGGAAUGUUCAGUGAAGUGAUACAUGGUCUAAUUGGAAGAUCUCAGAAGGAUUCGGGCAUAGAUCAAAAUAAUCCCAAAGCAAAAUUAGUCCAAUGCAGUCUCAGGAUUGGCAUAAUUCCUGCUGGUUCGACCGAUUGCAUAUGCUAUGCAACAGUCGGCAUCAAUGAUCCAGUAACAUCUGCAUUACAUAUCAUUGUGGGAGAUAAUCAACCUCUGGAUGUUUGUUCAGUACAUCGCAAUAAUACAUUUCUGAAAUACUGUGUAUCACUAUUGGGGUAUGGUUUUUAUGGAGAUGUAUUAAAAGACAGUGAACAGAAACGCUGGAUGGGCCCUGCCAGAUAUGACUUCUCAGGUUUCAAGACUUUCCUCUCCCAUCAUUACUAUGAGGGAACAAUAUCUCUUUUACCAGCAGCACCUGCCAUGGGCUCUCCAAGAGAUAAGAAACCCUGCAGAACUGGGUGCCGGAUUUGCAAGCAAAGUAAACUACAGCUGGAGAAACAACAGAAGAAAACGGAAAAGGAGAUUAAAAGGGAUGAGGAAGGAGAAUGGAAGGUUAUUAGAGGGAAGUUUCUAGCCAUCAAUGCUGUAAACAUUAGCUGUGCCUGUCCACGGAGUCCUAAAGGCCUUUCACCAGCUGCUCACCUGGCGGAUGGCUCUGCAGAUCUCAUUCUAGUUCGUAAAUGUUCCCGAUUAAAUUUUCUAAGAUACCUCUUAAGGCAUACAAACCAGCAUGAUCAGUUUGACUUCAGCUUUGUAGAGGUUUAUCGGAUUAAAAAGUUUCGUUUUACAUCAAAGCACUUCGAUAAUGGUGACAAUGAUGACCAGGGUAUGCGGAAAAAACACUUUGGUCAGUUCUGUAGAGACCACCCAGUUUGCUGCUGCCUCCCCCCCAGCAGUACCUGGAACUGUGAUGGGGAGACCCUGGAUUGUUCAACUAUUGAAGUCAAAGUUCACUGCCAAUUAAUUAAACUCUUUGCAAGAGGAAUAGAAAAGAAUCACAAACCUGAAUCACCUUGCAAGCAACUUACCUGAGCAGUUAAUUUAAGUCAACACUGCAAGAACAUGAAGGAAAAAAGGCAACAUACAGACAAGCAUUUCUGGCAUGUUAAUAAAUGUUUUUAAACUUUAUUUUUCUGGUCAGAUUUUAAUUUUGGAUAGAUUUGUUUUCAAUUAAUGUCUUUAUUUUAAAUUAUUUCAUCCUAGGACAGUGAAGAAGAUUUUUGGCUAACAUUUGCUUUCUUUUGUUAUGAAUGGAUAUUGUAUAGUAAUAAUUAGACAAUGCAGUUUGAGGGCAUUAAUUUGGCCUUGAAAAUAAGCCUAUAAAAGAUAAGUAGAUUAACUUGCUAAAGGUUUUCUCUGCUAUGUUUCUAAGCUAGAUGCUCCUUCUCUUAGGCUAGGAUAAAAAAAGCUGGUUGUUAUUAUUAUGGUCUGUCACACAGCCAGAUGUUCAGACUGGAUUUGUAUUUUUGUCCACCUAUCAACUCCUUCCCUGGGAAAGGCAGAUGUGGAUGUUUGAUUGUCACAAGAUAUAAGCUGUUCUGAGGAAAGCUACCUUUUGCAAUUGACUGAUUAUUAUCUGUUCACAACAAUGUGAAGUCACAGUUGCCAGUUCUUCAGUUGAUGCUGGCCUUCAUUCAUAUUGAAUUCUGCUGCUUAUUAUUAUUAUUUUGAUUUAAUAUAGGCAGUAGGUAAUGAGCAGAUUCUUUUAUUUUUUUAAAUACUUUCUGCCAAGCAAGAGGCCUAGAAAUGUAGAGCUAGAGGCACAGUUCUCUUCAUUUCCUUCCAAUAUAGUAUCAAGAAUGGAUUUGUGAAAGAGAAAUGGAAAAAUGUACAAUCCACUUGUGUAUGGAAUUCUUUGUUACUUAUGGCUACUAGAUGAAUGGCAAGUUGUUAAAGUCUGCAGAUUUGGUAGAAUUUUUCCCAUUGAUGUCAGGACAAAGGUUUAUUAUGUAUGUUUGCCACCUUGAGUUACUUAUAAAGUAAAAAGGUGGAUUUUUUUAAAAAAAAACUAAUAAAUAUGGUUUGAAUUUUUGGAUUAUAAUGCAAGUAAUGUGCAUUCUGCUUGUAGCAGAGGCUGAUGGAACUUCAUUCUUUUAAGGAGAUUUUUGAAUCAUGAUUCUUUAAUGGUGUAUGAUUUAAAGACAUUUAAAAUGUUAGUAUCUUAUCAUUAACCUUGUUUUCUCCUGAAAUGACAAUACUCUCAUUCAUUGUUCGAGCUAGUUUGUAUUAGCAAUCUCAGUGCAAUCCAAAUGCGCAUUCUGGGUUGCAAGUAAUAGCAAACAUCUUAUAUAUUUGUAUGUCAUAUUAUGCAUUUCAACGUAAAAUAUGUAUAUACUUCAAAGAAUCCCUUUGUUUUUCUCCUAAAGCAGUAUUUCUCAAACCUGGCAAUUUUAAGACAUGUAGAGUUCCCCCAAAAUUCUCCCAAAAGCAUGUUUUAAAGUUACCAAGGUUGAGAGACGCUGUCUUAAAGGAUUAUGUACAAAAGCUUAUCUGAAACUGUACAUACAGCCAGAGUAACCACAAAGGAUGAAGCCCCUCAGAUGAUGCAGGAAAGGCAGGAUAGAAGUGUAUGCCGCUUCAUAGAGAAGACUCACAGAAUUUUAAUUUUUCCAUGCUCCCAUAAUUGGGACAGUUUCUGUAUACAGUAUGUGGAAUGUUUUAUCCUGCCUCUCCUUUCAUCUUUUUUCAUGGUUCCCUAAAUCGCUUCUGCAGAAUUGGUGACCACCAGGAAUGUUGUGAGAUGUAGUAAAAGAAAGCAGAGGGUGGGAGGGAGAGAAAAUGUUGGCAAAAAAGCCUCUCCCCUUACAUGAAUGGAUAUCAGCCAGUGUUUCUUUCCAAGGAAAGGUUGUGCAAUCAAUAGAUCAAUGUUAGCACUUUAAGAUAUACAGACUUCAUCUCUCAAAAUUCCCCAGCCAGCCAGCUGACUAGGGGAUUCUGGGAAAUGAAGUCCACACAUCUUAAAGUGGCCAAGUUUGAGAAACACUGCAGUAGAAUCAAGGAAUAGCUGAAAAAGCAACCUAUUUCAUGUAGACUACUAUUGUAACUAGAGAGAAUUGCCUUGUCAUUUUUACCAAUUGGCAGGCUAUUUAAUUUUUAAUUUAAUAUUGUUAAAUUUCUUUGGAACUCAUUUAAAUGAGAACAGUAUUGAUACUGUACAGAAGCUCACUUUUUCCAUGAAAAGAAAAAAAAAUAAUCUGGAUGUUACCAAUUCAGAUUAUAGGUGUAUAAUCAAUUGCAUGUUUAAAUUAAUCCCUUCUGAAACAGUGCUUUUUAUAUCUAGAAUAUCAAAGAGAAAUCUAGAGUAAUUUCUGAUAUGCUAGGCUUCUACUUGCAUGCAAAGCAUCUGAUUGUACAUUUCUAGCCUGAAGGAUAUUGUCUGGUAAAACCUCUUAGUUUUUCUGAUAAAUAAACUGGCCAGAAGGUGCUAGUAUCACCUUCUAUAUGAUUUUGUAAUGACCAAACAAUAUUUAAAUGUUUAGACUGCAUCUAAUAACUGAUUAAAGACAUUACUUAAUUCAUAUAGAAUUUAACAAGUGAGUUGCUCUAUUUUGAUACUCUGGAUUGGUACAUGAUAUUGUGGAAUUAAACUGCUAUAAUCAUAUGUUCUCUUUGUAAAGGAUUUGUGUUAGAGAAGAAAAAAUGACUUCUUCAUAGAAGUUUGCAAAGAUAAUGAAAAUCUAUUCAUAUCAUUUGUAGAAAUUUUGUAUAUUAUUUGGACCAAACUUUUGCUUUGUUCUGCUAUCUUUGAACUUGUAUAAAUAUAUCUUUAUUUUUUUUCUGUCUCUGCUUUUCUUGAGAAUGUUCCAUUCCACCGUUUCCUCUUCAGUCCAAGUAACUCCUGUUGAAUUCAGUGGGAGCUGAUUUCCAUUUAAAUGUAUAAAAUUCAUUGUAAGAAUUGUAGGAUUCUUUGUAUUUUCUUAGAUGUCUAUAAUAUCUAGUUGACAUAAAUAUAAUGUUUGAUAAUAAGUCAUUAUUCAUCACUAUACACAUCAAUAAUGAUAAGCUACUGUUCAGUGAAGAUAUUUCUACAAUUCUCCAUAGGUUACUUCAGUAAUUUGGGGCACAGCACUAAAGUUAUUUAAAUGAAAUGUUUCUCAUGAAUUCUAUGCAUUGGUUACUUUCCCAGAGUCCCCAACCUCAAAAUUAAAUGCUUGGAAAGUGGUCCUGCUGAUAUUAUAUUUAGUUGCUAGACAACUAAGACAACUAAGUUAUUGCCACGAAAAACAUUUGUAUAACUCAUAUCUAAAUUGUGUUAUAGCUAAAGUAUUAUUUAUUUUGCCAACUUUGGUUCUGCUGUAAAGCUCCAAAGCUUAUUUUCCAUCCAGUUAAAUGAAUAAAAUAUCUCUGUUGGAUAUGUCUUUGUACCCAAUGUACCUUGACUGGAAUUCUACUGAAAUGGAAGCCUGGUUUUUGAAACAUUUUUGUUCAAUGUACAUUCCAUAAAUAUUCAGAUUUUUCCAUGCAUAUAAAUUACAAAAGCUUCCUAGAUAUGUUUGUAACUCUUAACUGUAGUUUAUGGUCUUCAGCAGGAUGAUUUAUGCUCUCAAAAUUAAUAAUGGCUUGGCUAAAAAAAAUUUGCUCCAUUCUCUAACAUGUUUUAGGAUAGCUUAGGAUAGCUUAAAAUAAGCUGGAUACAUAGCAGGGGGGGAGGGUUGCCAGCAGAAAGAUGAAUUCUGUAGUAAUAAAUACUUGCUAGGAAAUGUUCCAAGAGUAGGAAAAGAUCAAAAGUAUGACUAUUCUAAAUUGUCAAUAAUUAAGUUUUGUAGCAGAAUCAGUACCAUUAGAAAAACUCAAUAACCAAGUUGCUUAUAAUGUUGGCUUGUAGUAAUUUUACAAUUAUAACGCUAGCAUGAGGUAAUCUACCGGAAAAGCUUUCUGGGGUGAGGACACUUAUAUUAAUAGACAGUUUUAUUAGGACUUAUUAACAUAUCAGCUCGAUGUAACUGACCAGACCUCAUAUUGUUACCAACAUUCUGUGUUAUCCAGAAUCUAGUUGUAGCUGUAAAAAGUGACUUUUCAAAAUCAGAAAACAAAUGAGACUAUCCAGCAUAGUUCUGAAAUCAUGGUAAACAUAGAUAUUGGAGUACAACUCUGUUUCCUCAAAUUGUUACAUAGCACAAUUCAUGCUUCAUAUACUGCAUUAAGUAAUUCUUAUUAUAAAGCAAUUUCUCUGUAUAUGGAAUGCAAUCCUAUGAAUGCUGAUUUUGAGAGUAACUCCAUUAAACUAGCUGGGGUUUGGUGCUUAAUAAAUGUACAAACACAUAUUCUAUCUGACUUUUUAAAGCUCAGUUUGAAAGUAGAAUCAGCAUUCUUCAUAUGUCUUAUGUUUGGUGGGAAGCUCCACGUUGCCAUGGGGAUGAAUUUAUCAGUCUUGCUGGUUUCAAGAUUGAAAUGCAACUUUUUGUUUUUAAACUGAAAAUAUUUCUGGAAAUAAAAUUAUGCUGCAGAUGU